UCGCUCAUCGCUGAUACAUCCCACGCCACGACCUUCUGACCAACAAACAUUUGAAUUAAAAGAUAGAUAAGAGAGAUAAGCGCCCUUACAAAUUACCGGCUAAGAAUUAGUUGUACAUUCUAUAUUGGUAGUACAGCAGACAUCGAACCAUGUCGAAAAACGAUGAAUUCACAUUUCGGCGUGCCAAAGUGGAGGACAUCAAAGAUGUCUUAGGAAUGAUCCAGGAACUGGCGGACUUUGAAAAGAUGAGCAAUGGCCCACAGCUGACGGAGGAGGUUCUCAUACGUGAUGCAGGACUCUCGGGUGGAGAGGAAUGCUGUGAAGUCUAUGUGCUCAUGGACAAUGCCACCAACCUGGCCAUUGGCUAUUCGAUUUGCUACAAGGCCUAUUCCACCUGGCAGGGACGCUAUUUCUUUGUGGAGGACAUCUACGUGAAGCCGGAGCAUCGCAAGCGGGGCGCUGGCAGGCGCAUCUUCCUCGAGGUGUCUGCCCGUGCCGUGGAGUUGAGGUGCCCGCGCCUGGAGUUCAAUGUGCUCGAAUGGAAUCCCGCUCGCAAGUUCUACGAGAGCUUGGGCGCCGUAGAUUUGACUGCUCGAGAGGGCUGGCACUACUACCGCGUGGAGGAGCAGCAGCUGUCCAAGCUGGCCAGCGAUUUGUCCUGCUCCAAGUCUUGAUUUUAUGUUGUUUUUGGUUUUGUUUUUUACUUUUAUAAUAUAAAUAAUACUUCAGACCCCACCCCGGGCCA